AUGGCAGAGCUUAAAGCAGAGUGUGAGGAUGCCUGGAAGUGGCUUUCAAAAAUUCCAAAGGAGACUUGGUGUAGGUCUUCAAUGGAUUACAAUUGCAAAACUGAUCUUGUUGUGAACAACCUGAGUGAGGUUUUCAACAAAAUGAUCCUUGAUGUUAGGGCCAAACCAAUUAGAACUAUGUUUGAAGGAAUAAGGACUAAGCAAAUGAUCAAAAGGCAGAAGACCAGGGAAAAAACAGAGAACAGCAGGUGGAUGAUCACACCCAACUAUUCAGAGAAACUAGAGGAGAAUAAGAAGUAUGCCAAAUUUUGUGAGGCACAUAAGGCUGGUCCUGACAUUUGGCAAGUGUCUAGUAAGGAAAAUCAGUACUGUGUCAACCUAGCUACUAACUCAUGUGACUGCAGGAGGUGGGACAUGACAGGUGUGACAUGCAGUCAUGCAAUAGCAGCAAUGAGCAAGAUUCACAUGCACCCAGAGGACUAUGUGCAUGAAUUUUUCAAAAAACCACUAUAUAUUGAAGCAUACAAAGACAUAGUGUACCUUGUCCCUGGUCCUGGAUUCUGGCCUGACACCCAUACUCAGGAUAUUGAGCCACCAGUGUUCAAAGAAAAAGCAGGGAAGAAACAAACAGCUAGGAGAAAGGGCCAGUUUGAGGUGCCUGCACCAAAAGACACAAGCAGGAUGGGAACAAUUACAUGCAGCAAUUGUGGUCUACAGGGCCAUAGAUUUACUUACUGUGGGACAGCUCUAAACCCAAGUCUUCAGAUGAGAAAGAACUUACACCAGGAGAAUAGAGAAAUUUUUAGGGGUUCCUCUAGUGCUAGUCACCCACCUCCAGAACCACCACAUCAACACCAAACUUCACAGAGGCCAGCCUCAUCUACUCCACCUCCUAAAGCAGUGAGGAACAGAAAAACAGCAGCAGAUAAGAGAGCUUCAGCAUCAACUAUUUCUGCAGGAGCAGCCAGGUCUUCACCAGCACCUCCAACAGGAUCAGCAUCAACAAGAGCUCCAAGAGGAUCAGCAUCAACAAGAACAUUCAAUGCACCAAGAGCAUCCACUGCAGAAUCAGGGAUAUUAGCAGGCAAGAGGAAGAGGAAACCCCCUAGCAAGUUUGCACUAUAUUUUAGUGCUAGUGGAAACCAUUGAAACUCUGCUACUAGACUGCUUAAAUUUGUGGCAAUGUGUUCUGCUACUUAGUUUGAUUGUAUGGUACUAAGUUUGUGCUCUGCUACUAGACUGCUUAAAUUCAGACAUGUGAACUUGUGUGCAAUGUGCAAUGUUGAAUGUAUGGGUUAAGUUUGUUUUAUUU